AUGAAGUUCACCUUCAAAGUCGGUUGGAAAAUCGGCAAUGUCACUGCGGAUGCGCGCUUACGUGUACAACAACAGCAACGCAAACUCAAGACUCAACGUCUGUGGCGUCGCCAAUGCGAACGUGCUAAACGUCGUCAAAGCCAAAGUGGCAGUAAUGCUGCCACAAAAUGUGAUCCGCUGGCGCAGAAACACAACCGCAAAGCGCUACUAAUUAAGCGUACAUGCACUGAAUUCAUUGCACAGAUGGAGCUACUGCAUCGGCAAAUAGACAAACCGCCAAAAGCUUUACCAAAGUCCAAGAAGUCGAACUUCCAGCAGGAUGGCAGUUUUCAUCAAGCCGUCGGUAAGGUGUUGCUGUUUGCUGAGUUUUUCGCCUUCAUGCCAAUUAAGGGCGUAACCACAGCGCAUCCUCGACAGUUGUCAUUUUCUUUGAAAAACCUAAGAACUUGGUAUUGUUUGAUAUUUAUAAUGACGACAACAAUUGAUUUGGGAUUAACAAUGAUUAAAGUGCUACCCAAACCAAUCAACUUCAAUGGUGUGGAGCCAUUGAUAUUUCGUUUAUCCAUCAUCGUGGUGUGCAGCAGUGCUAUCGUAUUGGCGCGCAAAUGGCCGGCAUUGAUGCUAGACUGGCAUGAGGUGGAGUGCGAUUUGCCGGAGUAUUUAACGCAAAUUGAAAAAGGACGUCUGGCGUAUAAGCUUAAAAUGGUGACAGUUGUGGCCAUGGCGUUGUCACUCGCCGAACAUCUGCUGAAUAUCACAUCCCAUAUAAUCUACUCGAACUCCUGUCCGCAGACCAAUGAUCGAAUCAGGGAUUUUUUUAUUUUAACGAACCAACAUUUAUUUGAACUAUUUCCCUACUCCAUUUACUUGGCACUGUGGGGUAAGACGCAGAAUAUACUCUGCACUUUCAUUUGGAAUUACAUGGAUGUAUUUGUGAUGAUUGUGAGCAUCGGUUUGGCAGCGAAAUUCAAACAACUCAACGAUAAUUUAUACAAGUUCAAAGGCAUGCGCAUGCCCGAGGAGUACUGGUCUACACGCCGUAAGCAAUACCGGAACCUCUGCGAGCUCUGUACACGUGUCGAUGCUGCCAUUUCGGUCAUUACAAUGAUAUCCUUCUCGAAUAAUUUGUACUUUAUUUGUGUGCAACUACUGCGUAGUCUUAACAAAAUGCCCUCAUUUGCACAGGCAGCCUACUUUUACUUCUCAUUCUUCUUUCUUAUCGGUCGCACAUUGGCCGUUUCAUUGUACUCGGCCAGCAUCAAUGAUGAGUCACGGAAACCGUUGCGCAUUCUACGCUGUGUGCCAAAGGAAUCGUGGUGUACCGAGGUGAAGCGUUUCUCUGAGGAUAUCAGCAGUGAUUUGGUCGCACUAAGCGGAAUGAAGUUUUUCUAUCUCACACGCAAAUUGGUGCUGAGUGUAGCCGGUACUAUUGUGACUUAUGAAUUGGUGCUCAUACAAUUUCAUCAAGAGAGUAAGCUCAUAGAGUGCAAUUCGCCGUUUAUGAGAAAUGGGAGUCGACACUAA